AAAGCAAAGAGCAUUUUUCAUCAUAAGAAAGUUUGAGGGUUUUCAGAAUUGUUAUAACAUUAGGGUUUAGGGUUUAUGUGAGGCUCUUCCAGUAGCAGACAAAGCUUUUGAAUCUGGUGAUGACGAAGGUUCACGGGACAGGGGUGUACGAUUUCCGGCGUCACAGAGUGGCGGAGUACCCGGUGGCGUCGUCGUCGUCGUCGGCGGAGUCGAAUCAAAAGGCAAGUGUUUCGAGCACAAUCACUGUCUCUGAGAUUCAGCGUGACCGUCUCACGAAGAUUGCAGAGGCUAACUGGUUGAAAACCGGUGAUGCGGAAAGGACCAAGAAGCCCUUCGACCCUGACCUGGUUCAGAAAAUUUACGAAACUGAAUUGUUGGUGAAAGAGGGUCAGGGUGACAAACCUGUUCCAUUGCAGAGGGUGAUGAUCCUUGAGGUUAGUCAGUAUCUGGAGAAUUACCUUUGGCCUAAUUUCGACCCUCUCACUGCUUCAUUCGAGCAUGUUAUGUCCAUCAUCCUCAUGGUCAACGAGAAGUUCCGAGAGAAUGUUGCAGCUUGGGUUUGCUUCUAUGAUAGGAAAGAUGUUUUCAAAGGGUUUCUUGAGAGGGUUCUUCGCCUAAAGGAACAGGGAAGAGAACUGAGUAUAGCCGAGAAGACAAAUUACCUAGUUUUCAUGAUAAAUGCCUUUCAGAGUUUGGAAGAUGAGGUUGUUAGCAACACAGUCUUGAGACUAGCUAGUUUGAAAUCCUGGUACAGUUUGUCUCAUGGUCGUUUCCAGAUGGAGCUUUGCCUUAAUCCGGGUUUGAUCAAGAAAUGGAAAAGGAUGACGAGGAAGGAACCCGUGAAAGGAGGACAGCAUUUAGAUCCCUCAACUACUCUUGAAGUGAUGUUCUUGAGAAACCUCAUAGAAGAAUUUCUGAAGAUACUGGAUUCACAGGUUUUUCCCCGGAGACAGGUAUCUGGUGAGGAUGAUGAACUUAUUGAUGCUACUGGUUCAGGACUAGUUAAUGAUGCUUGUGUCCUUUAUUGUGAGAGGUUUAUGGAAUUUCUUAUUGACCUCUUGAGUCAGUUGCCAACGAGGAGGUAUUUAAGGCCUCUAGUGGCUGAUGUAGCUGUAGUUGCCAAAUGCCAUUUGAGUGCACUCUAUAGGCAUGAAAAGGGGAAACUUUUUGCCCAGUUGGUUGAUUUAUUACAAUUCUAUGAGGGAUUUGAGAUUAAUGAUCAUACUGGCACACAGUUAACAGAUCAUGAAGUUCUUGAAUCUCAUUAUAGCCGACUGCAGUCAUUUCAGCUACUUGCAUUUAAAAAGAUGGGCAAGCUGCGGGAACUUGCUUUGACUAACAUUGGUUCUAUUCACAAGCGUGCAAGUCUAUCUAAGAAAUUGUCUGUUCUUUCUCUCGAGGAGUUAAGGAAUUUGGUUUGCUGUAAGCUCAAACUGGUCUGUAAGGAAGAUCCCUGGUCAGAGAGGGUUGAUUUUCUUAAUGAAGUAAUGGUAUCCUUUUUUGAGAAGCAACAAUCUCAAAAAGAAGCUAUCAAUGCUCUUCCUCUUUACCCAAACGAGCAGAUUAUGUGGGAUGAAAGUGUUGUACCAAGCAUAAAUUACUCAGGAGAAGGUUGUUUGGCUUUGCCAAAGCUUAACUUACAAUUCUUAACACUUCAUGAUUAUCUUCUUCGAAACUUUAAUCUCUUUCGACUUGAAUCAACAUAUGAGAUACGUGAGGACAUUCAGGAAGCUGUUCCACAUCUUCUUGCAUAUAUUAAUAUUGAUGGAGAAACUGCUUUUCGAGGUUGGUCAAGAAUGGGUGUGCCAAUUAAACAAUUGAAGAUCACUGAAGUAAAACAACCCAACAUAGGAGAAGUCAAGCCAUCAUCUGUGACUGCAGAAGUUACUUAUAGCAUUUCCAGCUAUAGAUCCCAGAUUAGAUCAGAAUGGGAUGCACUCAAAGAACAUGAUGUAUUGUUUUUACUAUCUAUUAACCCAUCAUUUGAGCCUCUUAGUCCAGAAGAAGAAGACAAAGCUAGUGUGCCUCAGAAGCUUGGCCUACAAUAUGUUCGAGGAUGUGAAAUUAUUGAGAUUCGUGAUGAAGAAGGAACCCUCAUGAAUGAUUUUUCUGGAAGGAUUAAAAGGGAUGAGUGGAAGCCACCAAAGGGGGAGCUGAGAACAAUAACUGUGGCUUUGGAUACAGCACAAUACUACAUGGAUGUCAAUAACAUUGCUGAGAAAGGGGCAGAAGAUGUUUAUGGUACAUUCAAUGUGUUGAUGAGGAGGAAGCCAAAAGAAAACAAUUUUAAAGCCAUCUUAGAAUCAAUAAGGGAUUUAAUGAAUGAAUACUGUAUUGUUCCUAAGUGGUUGGAAAACAUUUUUCUUGGUUAUGGAGAUCCUUCAGCAGCACAGUGGACUAAUAUGCCUGAUCUAUUGGAAACAGUUGAUUUCAAAGAUACUUUCAUAGAUGCUGAUCACUUGAAAGAAUGUUUUGUGGAUUAUGAGGUUUCUUUUGUUAAUCCUGAUGGCACAGAAAACUUGAAUCCAAGGCCUCCUUUUAAGAUCAAGCUUCCCCAAAAGCUCAAAGGAAACAAUGGUGCUCUUACUGUGAGUGCAGUGUCUACUAUUGGUGCAACAAAUGGUAUUGAUAUGGCUGAUGCUAUUCAUCAGAGAGAAACACUGAUUAUUGAGGCAUAUACUCCUCCUGACCCUGGCCCUUAUCCUCAAGAUCAGCCAAAACAAAAUUCAGUUAGAUUUACGCCCACUCAGGUUGAAGCAAUUAUCUCAGGCGUUCAGCCUGGCCUAACUAUGGUUGUGGGGCCACCUGGUACGGGAAAGACUGAUACAGCUGUUCAAAUUCUGAAUGUUCUUUAUCAUAAUUGUCCUUCUCAGAGAACCUUAAUAAUUACGCAUUCAAAUCAGGCUCUUAAUGACCUGUUUGAGAAGAUAAUGGAGAGAGAUGUACCUGCACGUUAUCUUCUCCGACUUGGUCAAGGAGAACAAGAGCUAGCAACUGAUCUUGAUUUUAGUCGGCAAGGUCGUGUUAAUGCAAUGCUGGUCAGACGGUUAGAACUGCUGAGCGAAGUGGAGAGGCUAGCAAGAUCACUUCAAUUGCCAGAGGAUGUGGCUUACACUUGUGAAACUGCAGGGUACUUUUGGUUGCUUCACAUUUAUUCACGCUGGGAGCUAUUUCUUGCUGCUUGUGCUGAUAAUAAAGAAAAGCCAACAUUUGUUCGAGAUCGUUUUCCCUUCAAAGAGUUCUUCUCUGACACACCACAUCCUGUGUUUACAGGCAAGUCUUUUGAGAAAGAUAUGCGGGCUGCUAUGGGAUGCUUUUGUCAUCUUAAGACUAUGUUUCAAGAACUUGAAGAAUGCCGGGCAUUCGAAUUACUCAAGUCAACAGCUGAGAGGGCUAACCACUUAAUGACCAAGCAGGCUAAGAUUGUAGCAAUGACUUGUACUCAUGCAGCUCUAAAGAGGAAAGAUUUCCUUCAGUUAGGUUUUAAGUAUGACAACUUGUUGAUGGAAGAAAGUGCCCAAAUUUUAGAAAUUGAGACUUUCAUUCCAAUGUUACUCCAGAGGCAGGAGGAUGGUCUUGCACGGCUUAAACGCUGCAUUCUGAUUGGUGAUCAUCACCAGUUGCCUCCUGUUGUGAAGAAUAUGGCUUUCCAAAAAUACAGCCACAUGGAUCAGAGUCUGUUUACUAGGUUUGUCCGUUUGGGCAUUCCUUACAUUGAGCUAAAUGCUCAGGGAAGAGCUAGGCCAAGUAUAGCUAAACUUUACAAUUGGAGAUACAGAGAUUUGGGAGACCUUCCUUAUCUAAAGGAGGCAGUCACAUUCCAGAGGGCAAAUGCUGGAUUUGCUUAUGAUUAUCAGUUAGUGGAUGUUCCAGAUUACCUUGGUAAGGGGGAGACAACUCCAUCUCCUUGGUUUUACCAAAAUGAGGGAGAAGCAGAAUAUGUUGUCAGUGUCUAUAUAUACAUGCGUCUGUUAGGGUAUCCUGCAAAUAAGAUAUCGAUUUUGACUACUUACAAUGGUCAGAAACUUCUCAUUCGUGAUGUUAUAAACAGGAGAUGUGUUCCAUAUGACUUCAUUGGUCCCCCAAGCAAGGUUUCUACAGUGGAUAAGUUUCAAGGACAGCAAAAUGAUUUUAUAUUGCUCUCUCUUGUGCGUACUCGAUUUGUUGGUCACCUACGUGAUGUAAGAAGAUUGGUGGUCGCCAUGUCACGUGCUCGGCUUGGUUUAUAUGUCUUUUGCCGCCGUUCUCUUUUUGAGCAAUGUUAUGAGCUGCAGCCUACAUUUCAGCUGCUUCUUAAAAGACCUGACCGCCUUGCCCUUAAUGUGAGCGAGACUACCUCAUAUACUGAACGGGUUGUUGAAGAUCCUGGAACUAGACAUGAUGUACAUCUUGUCAGUGGCAUCGAGGAGAUGGGUAGUAUCGUAGAUAGGCUUUAUCAGGAAAAGUUGAGACAUCAGUUUGAACAAAAUGGAUCUUAUUUAAGUCACCUAGAACCAUCAACAAAUACAGAUGAGGUGCAAAACAGGCAGCUGACUAUGGACAUUGAUGUUGCCGAACAAGCAGAAGAUAUGCCACAUGAAAACGAGGAAGCUACAACAGUUGAUAACCAUGUGGCUGGAGAUAAGCCACCUGAAAGUAGCAUGGAAGAUGUUACUAUGGUUGACAGCAGUACUAGUGUUGCAAACGGGAGCCCAACACUAGAGAAGCCCUUCAAAUGAGCAGACAUGUGUUAGAGGUGCCACAAGGUAUGCAAAUGAGCACUAGACUAUCUAUGCUGUCAUUGCACAUUUAUUUGUUUAUAAUUUUUUCCAGAGAUAUCCUUAGUUUGUGGGGAUUCCUAUGUCUUAGGUAAAUAUCUCCCAAAUUGACAAAGAUGUAGCAAUAGUAAAUGAGAUUUUGGAUGUUCUAAUGCAAAAGAUCAGGUAGAGGUUUUCAUGUCUUGUAUGUUCCUGUUAUAGUCAGUCCAUGGGAUUGAUUAUUAAUAUCGGGUGCCAAUACUUAAGGGGGUGUUUGGCUUGAGGCUUUUUACAACUUUCCUAUGCAAAUGUGCUGAGGCUCCUUGAAAUGUCGUGUUUGGUGAAGGGUGAUUUACUCAUAAACCCAUUCGUCUAAGAUGCAUUGGUUUUUAAAUUUUGGAACCGAAAAACAGCUUUAUGUACUAUUUGGAAAGCUUUUUCGGAGAUGGUUUUUUGUUAAAAAGCUGGUAAUCUCACUGUUCACUCAAAUUUUUUCACUAUAUACUACCUCCAACC